GACGUACAUGACGUACUUCCUCUAAGUAUCGGCAUUGGGGAAAAUAACAUCGAAACGACCCCAGCCUCAAGUAAAAUACCAAAUACUCUGCGUCUUCAGCAACUUCUACCACCUUCGACGCUUUCAUUGUAACAAUUAACCACUUCAACACAAAAUGCCCCAGAACGAGCACAUUGAGUUGCACCGCAAGCGGCAUGGCUACCGCCUGGACCACCAUGAAAAGAAAAGGAAGAAGGAGAGCCGUGAGGUUCAUGAGCGGUCCCACAAAGCCAGGAAGCUGAUUGGAUUGAAGGCCAAACUGUACCACAAACAGAGACAUGCGGAGAAGAUCCAGAUGAAGAAAACCAUCAAAAUGCAUGAACAGAGGAAAACCAAACAGAAGAACGAUGAUAAGACCCCAGAGGGAGCAGUGCCAGCCUACCUGUUGGACAGAGAGGGACAGUCCCGUGCUAAGGUCCUCUCCAACAUGAUCAAACAGAAGAGGAAAGAGAAGGCUGGCAAAUGGGAGGUGCCUCUGCCAAAGGUGCGUGCCCAGGGAGAGACAGAAGUGCUCAAAGUCAUCAAAACUGGAAAGAGACAAAAGAAAGCCUGGAAGAGAAUGGUCACUAAAGUUUGCUUCGUCGGCGACGGCUUCACCCGUAAACCUCCCAAAUAUGAGCGUUUCAUCAGACCCAUGGGUUUGCGUUUUAAGAAGGCUCACGUCACACAUCCAGAGCUAAAAGCCACAUUCUGCCUCCCUAUCCUCGGAGUGAAGAAGAAUCCCUCCUCACCCCUUUACACAUCUCUGGGAGUCAUCACAAAAGGAACAGUCGUAGAGGUCAACGUCAGCGAGCUGGGCUUGGUUACACAAGGAGGAAAGGUUAUCUGGGGUAAAUAUGCCCAGGUGACAAAUAACCCAGAGAACGAUGGCUGCAUUAAUGCAGUCCUGCUGGUAUAAGACUCUUGACCUUUUUAUACAGACUGUGCUUGAUAACUCUAGAUUUACACGAGGAGUGUAACAACAACAACAACGAGCAGGAAGAUGCAACAACCAAUGGGCUCAAAUCCAGGGAAUGAUAUAAGAUCCCUGAUGCUGCACUUGGCAACACAACUGUUUUUGUAACAGAAGAAGAAAAUGGGUGAUUUCUGUGUUACAUGUGAUUAUAAAUAAACUUGAUAUGACUAAAA